AUGACGACCACCAAUAACACGCCACCUGAAAGUGUCAGCCAUCCUGCCUAUCUGACACACAUGUCCAUGGAACAAGAGGGGAGUGAAUCGCAGUCCUUGAUGGCAAACACGUAUGCUCGAACAUAUAGUUCGAUGGAAGAUGAUGAUGAUGACGAUAUUAAUUAUGAUGAUUCCUCAUCAUCUUCUCAUGCUACUGAUGUUAACCGUGCACCACAUCAAAAUCAGAAAUCAUCAUCAUCAUCAUCAUCAUCGUCCCCAUCAGCGCUUGGCAAUACAAGACUUUUAGAAUCGAUCCACGAACAAAUGCAUCGAGAAAUGAAUCGUCAUUCGGCGACGACCAACAAUAGCCAUAACUACUUUGGUUGGCUGUUUCCCAAGAAAAAGAAACGAAAGACACGGCAGCGUCGGGCCAAUCAUCGAAACUACAGCGAUCAGGAACAGGAACAAUUUCUGGCAGAAAUGUCAAGGUCCAACGACGGCAGCCAUCACCACCACAACAGUCCAUCAAUGUAUCGCAAAACUAACAUUGUUGGAUGGCUCUGGGGAUUCUUUUUGUUGUUGACCUUAGGUUGGGUCUGUGUCUUUACGCUAUCAGAAGGCCACAUUGACUGGGCCGAAGUCAUCAAUUACGAACCCCAACAUCAAACACCGGCCUUGCAACAAAAGGAAGGUAUACGACUCGUGUCCUUUUUUGGAAUUGGGUACUUGUUGCCAGGGAUCGUUUCGUUAUUGUGCCUCUUUGUCGGACUCCGGCUUCCGUUUAUUCAAAAACCAGCCCUUUCGAAAUUGAUUCAAUUACCACGGUACGGCACCACGUAUUGGUCCAUGAUGGAUUUGCAAUUGCUUCUUCUUUUUGUAAUUGUCUUGGUGGGAUCCUUCAUUGUACGAUUCUGGCACAAGUACGUGUGGACGGAUGGUCCUCAUUGGACAUUGAGUACAAGCUGGAGGUACAUUACCAAGAUUUCCGGCAUGUCGCUCGUGACGAUUCUUCUCGUAAUUCUCUUUCCCAUUUGCAAGACUUGCUUUUGGUGGGAUGUCUUUGGAUUGGGCUUUGAUCGGAUCAUCAAGUUUCAUCGACUGCUAGGAGCCCUCUUUGGAAUUAUACUACUCUUGCAUGGAUUGGCGUCCUUGGUGUAUUUGGACAUGGUGGAUCAGCUCUACAGCUGUUGGACUCCAUGGUCGAAUGAUUGCGAAAAAUCCAUGGUCAUGUACGGUUGGUAUUCGGGCAUUCUCUUCAUUCCCGUCUUUUUGACCAGCUUUCCUUGGAUUCGACGGAAUCGAUACGAAGUUUUCUAUUAUUGCCAUUUGAUGGUCAUUCCAGCCUUGCUCAUGGCUCAUUUGCAUCACAUCAAUCUCAUUUACUACACUGCCCCCAGUUUGGUGGCGUAUACCUUGGAUAAGAUUGUGGGUUACUUUGCUGCGCGGCGACCCGUCCAAUUGGUCGACUUGUCGGUUCCGGUCGAAGGAUACACCCGGAUGACGUUACUGGUGGAUCCCAACCAUGCCGAUUUUUCUCCCGGACAAUGGAUCAAGGUCAAGGUUCCAGCCAUUUCCAAUUGGGAGUGGCAUCCCUUUAGCAUCACUUCGGCUCCGAAUCAGUCCACGAUUACAUUAGAUAUCAAGGCAAUGGGCGGUGUUGGAUCCUGGGGUGACAAACUCCAGCAUUUGGCCAAGUCCGUUUCGGCUGGUUCUGUCUAUGAUGCCCACCAGUCGAGGAGGUGUCCUACCAAGCCAGAUGAUCCCCAAAAGAAUAAGCUCCUCCCUACUGUCUACUUGGACCGAUAUCAAGGAUGUGAUCACAAUCAAGGCUUUUUAAAUCACCGAGCCGUCAUGUUGGUGGGAGGUGGGAUUGGUAUCACACCCAUGAUGUCCGUGUUGCGGAGUUGUUUGGCGGCAACCGCAACAGAAGAUGGUGGUGGACCACCAUUGCCUAGCAGUAUGAAUCAUUUGGAACACUUGGUCUUUGUAUGGGUGGUCCGCCAGGAAUCCGUGGUGGAUUUGUACCGAGACGAACUUCAACGGUAUCAAGCGUUGGGUGGAUUCUACCGGAAUGGUAAAAAUUGCAAAUUGGACAUUUUGGUAUAUGUGACGGGCAAGUUAGCAGGCUGUGGUACAAAUGAACCCAUUGUCGAUCCUCCUCCUCCUCUAAUGGUUUCGACGAAUGGUGGUAGUGACAAAGAAAUGAUGUUGACCAAAGAAGUAGUAGUGGGCAGCAAAUCUGCUCCUGCCCCUGGACCAUUCUCCAAGACUAUAUUGGGUCACAUGCAUCAUGCCUUGCUCAUGAUUGCAGUUGGAUUUGGUUUCUUGCGUGGCUUUGUCAGUGGAUCUUCCUUUGCCGACCGUCAUGAAUGGCGACAAGAGCUUGCCGUCUUGUUGCAAGUGGCAUUGGGACUCUUGUUUUCCUCCAUUUUGGGUACCAUUGUCAUUUUGGGUGGGACUCUCGUUUGGAAGCCGAGAACGAAAAAGAGCCGUCGAGGGAAUCAUGUUGGUGGAACUACGGUAAUGGAUCCCGAGAAUCAACAAGCUCGUGAUGAGUACCCUCCCCUUGAAAUUCACCGGGGAGAGCGACCCAAUGUACCCCAAAUUGUGGCCGAACUAAAGCAGCAGUGUCUUCAAAGCGGCAUUCCAUCCGUCGGAGUAUCGGUAUGUGGUCCCGAGAAGUUGACCAAGUCUGUUUUGACAAGUGUGUACGAAGCUUCCUCGCCCUUGUUGGAAUUUGUCAUGGGCGAAGAAAGUUUUGAGUGGUGA